AUGUUACAAAGGAAGUCGUCGAUAGAUACAGAGCCAAUGACAUUGAAUCUCGAUCAAAUAGAAAAUGCUCGAGAGGAAGCAAUAGUCGGAGUCUCCGGUAAUGUCGCCGUCGAGUGUCGGAAUCUCUGUUUCUCCGUCAGUACAAGACAAGGUAUAUCCGUUCCUAUUCUCCGAGAUUGCUCCUUUCGGAUUCCUUCUGGACAAUUGUGGAUGCUUCUUGGUCCCAAUGGCUGUGGAAAAUCUACCCUUUUAAAGAUUUUAGCCGGUGUAGUGAAUCCAACCAGCGGCAAUGUCUUUGUGGAAAAGCCAAAGAAUUUUGUUUUUCAGAAUCCUGAUCAUCAGGUAGUGAUGCCUACUGUAGAAGCUGAUGUAGCAUUUGGUCUUGGCAAGUAUCAUGACAUGAGUCAAGAAGAAGUUAAGUCUAGGGUGAUUAAAGCUUUGGAUGCAGUUGGUAUGUGUGAUUAUAUGCAGAGACCGAUUCAAACUCUCAGUGGUGGUCAGAAACAAAGAGUCGCCAUUGCUGGUGCUUUAGCUGAAUCUUGCAAAGUGCUAUUGUUGGAUGAGCUCACUACCUUCCUCGAUGAGUCUGAUCAGUUGGGUGUGAUCAAAGCUGUGAAAGAUCUAAUAAAUGCAAAGAAAGGAAGAGAUGUGACGGCAUUAUGGGUGACACAUCGGUUAGAGGAGCUCGAGUACGCGGAUGGAGCUGUCUAUAUGGAGAACGGUAGAGUAGUCAGGCAUGGUGAUGCAGCCACCAUUUCUAAAUUCAUUAAGGUCAAACAAUCGUCUUAUAUUGAACAAAUUGGUUCUUCUUAA